CCAGUGAUGAUCGGCCUGUGAGCAGUUCUCAAUGGCUCAGAGGAAGAGGCCAGGGACCAACAGCAGCAUGGCCACAGAGCCUCACACUUCAGCUCCACGCUCCUGCCCAGCCCCGUAUCCCGACCCUGUGCACCCUGAGGAGGAGUAUGAAGAGCGCCAGGACCCUGAGGUAUCCCAACACUCCUACCACAACCAAGAGGAGGCAGAUUUGACGGACAGCCAACCAGCCUCGCCCACCACUCCAGACCACGCCCACAGAGACUACCACAGCCACCCGGACAGUCUGGAUGGAGACUCUAGCUCAGACUAUGUCAACAAUACAUCUGAUGAAGAAGAGGAUGAUUUUGACGAAGGGCUGCCGGAAGAGGAUGAAGGUGUGACGUAUUAUAUCCGCUAUUGUCCUGAGGAUGACAGCUACCUGGAGGGAAUGAACUGUAAUGAGCCUGAGUACGGACACCCGGACGGUCACAUGAAGCCGCCUCCGGACACGGAUGAGUGCCAGGAAAGGGUUGACGAAUGGGUGGAGGGAGAGGAUGAUGCACAUGGUGAUGAUGGAGAAGUGCGUUGUGAAGUACUCGAGCAGGACUGUGACCAGCAGCUGUAUGACGGCAGACCCGAGCCUGUCCUCGAUCACCACUACCAACAACACUCUCCAGAACCCCACCAGGAACAGAUUCCGCCCUCCGGUGAAGAUCAAGAAGUGCAGGAUGUUGAAGGAUGUGAGGGCUACUGCCCUGACCAGGAAGAAGUACUGCAGGUGGGGCAAGACAGAGGUGGUUACGCAGGAGACUAUUAUGCCACAGAAGACAAUGGAAACUCUGUAUGUGUGUCACCGUACAGGGGGCAUAAGAGCACAGAUGGAGAGACUGGAGAGGAGGCAGAGGAGGAUAUUGAUCAGAUAGUAGCUGAGAUUAAGAUGAGCAUGAGCAUGGGCAGUCUUAGCAGUGGUACUGAUCAGAGUCCAGAGGAACUGGCACUUGAUCCAGCACCAAGCGGCUACCAGCCAGAGACACGCUCCAAACCCGAGCCUGCCCCUGCCCCUGCCCCAGCCCCUGCUCCUCCUACAGUCCCUUCCUCAUACCCUCAGCCUCACCGUCAUGACGGCAGACCCAAAUCCCUCAACAUUCCCCCUGCCAGACACAAUCCUGAGCUCCAGAGGAACUUUAAGGUACGACCUCACACACCAGAGGAGAGACAGAGAUGGACGCAGGACCACGUGAGAGAGCAGGUGUCCAACAGUGCAGAACAGCCAAGGAAGCAGCAGCGGUCUGAUCUCAAUGGAUCACUGGAGAACAACAAUGUCCCUGAGUCAACAAAGAAGACGGCCUCAUUUCCCAGCUUCGUGGAUGUGCCGGGCCCCUGUGAGCCUGAGGACCUCAUUGAUGGGAUUAUCUUCGCCGCAAACUACCUCGGCUCCACUCAGCUCCUGUCGGAGAGAAAUCCAUCCAAAAACAUCAGGAUGAUGCAAGCCCAGGAGGCAGUGAGCAGGGUCAAGAGGGUACAGAAGGCAGUCAAAAUCAAGAAAAAGGCGAAUCCAGAGGGAGAUGCUCAGACUUUGACUGAGGUGGAUCUUUUCAUCUCAACUCAAAGGAUCAAAGUACUCAAUGCAGACAGCCAGGAGACCAUGAUGGAUAACGCUUUGCGUACCAUCUCAUACAUUGCUGACAUUGGGAACAUUGUGGUUCUAAUGGCAAGACGCCGCAUGCCACGCACCGCCUCACAGGACUGCAUCGAGACCACCCCCGGAGCCCAUGAGGCCAAGAAGCAGUACAAAAUGAUAUGCCACGUAUUUGAGUCCGAGGAUGCCCAGCUCAUAGCACAGUCCAUUGGUCAGGCAUUCAGCGUGGCCUACCAGGAAUUUCUCCGAGCCAAUGGGAUCAACCCAGAGGACCUGAGCCAGAAAGAAUACAGCGACAUCAUCAACACACAGGAGAUGUACAAUGAUGACCUCAUCCACUUCUCAAACUCAGACAACUGCAAAGAGUUGCAACUGGAGAAGCAGAAGGGGGAGAUUCUGGGCAUAGUUAUUGUGGAGUCUGGCUGGGGCUCUAUUCUGCCCACCGUCAUCCUGGCAAACAUGAUGAAUGGAGGCCCUGCCGCCCGUUCUGGGAAGCUCAGCAUCGGUGACCAGAUCAUGUCAAUCAACAACACCAGUCUGGUGGGGCUGCCUCUCGCCACCUGUCAGGGAAUCAUCAAGGGCCUGAAAAACCAGGUGCAGGUGAAGCUAAACAUCGUGAGCUGCCCUCCUGUAACCACAGUUCUCAUCAAGAGACCAGACCUCAAGUACCAGCUGGGUUUUAGUGUGCAGAAUGGCAUUAUCUGUAGUCUAAUGCGAGGAGGGAUUGCAGAGAGAGGAGGCGUGCGGGUUGGUCAUCGUAUUAUUGAGAUAAAUGGCCAAAGUGUUGUGGCCACGGCACAUGAGAAAAUCGUCCAAGCUCUCUCCAAUUCUGUUGGCGAGAUCCACAUGAAGACUAUGCCAGCUGCCAUGUUUAGACUCUUAACUGGUCAGGAGACUCCCAUGUAUAUAUGAUCUGAGGUGGACUUCAGCUGAGAUACACAACCCUGGGCACUGGGAAAUGUCUGAAUGCAGCAGUCACCAUUCUCAAUUUAUCUUCACCAAAAACAACUCCCAUCACCGUUAACAUUACUUAAGAGCUAUGGUGUGUCGUUUCAGCAUAGUGUGGAUUCUUUUUAAUUUAUCAUGUUUGCUCUUGGGUGUGUGCACAGCCCGAUGAUGAUGAUGAAGAUGAAAUCGUUGCAUCUCAAGUCGUGACGCAAGGGGGCACUUUGUACAUUUGAUUUUGAUGCUACUCUUUAAUUUAUUUACAAUUAUGUACGUGUGGACAUUGUUGGAGAGAUUCAAGUUUGUUUUGUAAAUAUGUAAUCGUUAUAUCAAUAUCAGAAAGGAAUGGAAAAGCCAGAGAAAGAAGUCCAGAGAGAAGCCCAAAACAUCAAACCUAGUGACCAUUCCAGAACGUUUGUUUCCGUUAUUAGGACAUAAUAUAUUGGAUAUUAUACUUGAUCCGGUUUUUAUUUAAUUUUUCCUUUUAUUUAAUUUUUUUUCAAAUGCACACUUAAUCAGUACAAGUCCCUUACAUAUAAAUAACUGAAUUUACUGCAGCAAAUGUGGCAAAAUGUGACAUGACGUAAAAAAAAAAAAAAAAAAA